GCUACCGUGUAGAACGUAUUAGACUACAAGAUGACAUAGCUGUACGAUUCUUAUACAGCCCUAUUGCACGGAUUUUAAACUGUAGAUAUUUCUUCUGUAUGUAUGGUUGCCUCACUGGGUGAGUUGAGCCUGGCCAAUCCUCCUCACUGCGACACCCUGUCCGCGGGUAUACCUCUCACCACGACGGCCUCCGCACUACCUGAACCACCCCAGCCUGAGCCCGCUGCCAUGCCUUCGAAAGAAGAGGAAAAGAAGCCUCGGCCGAAACGAGGCCACAGCGGCGUCAACCAGCUGGGAGGUGUGUUUGUAAACGGUCGUCCCCUGCCAGACUCGACACGUCAGAGAAUAGUGGAAUUGGCACAUAGCGGAGCUAGGCCCUGUGACAUUUCCAGAAUCCUUCAAGUUUCCAAUGGUUGCGUGAGCAAAAUUCUCGGACGAUAUUAUGAAACAGGGUCUAUUCGACCACGUGCCAUAGGCGGAAGUAAGCCUCGUGUAGCAACCCCGGAGGUGGUCACUAAAAUUGCCCAGUAUAAACGAGAGUGCCCUUCUAUAUUUGCCUGGGAAAUCCGGGACAGACUUUUGUCAGAUAACGUGUGUAACCAAGACAAUAUCCCAAGUGUAUCCUCCAUAAACCGGGUGCUGAGGAAUUUAGCAAGUGAAAAUCAAAAAGUAAUGGGACAAGGGACAAUGUACGAUAAACUAGGACUACUUAACGGCCAGGCAUGGCCCCGCCAUAAUCCUUGGUAUGCUCCUAACGCCACCAUGCAUGGUCUAACGUCAUCACCCUACCAAACAGCCCCACCACCACCGCCGCAGAAUCACUCUUCACUCAGCGGAGUCAAAAAAGAUCACCAGCAGCAUGACAACGUUAGCGUAUCGUCGGACCACAGUAAUGAUGGUCCACAAAACGGAGAGACGGAGGAACAGAUGAGGAUACGGCUAAAACGCAAGUUACAGAGAAAUAGAACCUCGUUUACGGCCUCCCAGAUCGAAUCCCUGGAAAAAGAGUUCGAACGGACACAUUAUCCAGAUGUUUUUGCGAGAGAGAGGUUAGCACAGAAGAUAGAUUUGCCCGAGGCACGAAUCCAGGUAUGGUUUUCUAAUCGCCGGGCUAAAUGGCGACGAGAAGAAAAACUACGGAAUCAACGUCGUGAAGCGGCGAAUGGAUCGAGUCGCAUUCCAAUCAAUAGCAGUUUUACAAACAGCAUGUACCCGACGAUCCACCAACCGAUCGGAGCCAUGGCCGACUCCUACAGGUUCGACAGUCAAAGCUCCAUCCCGCCUGUGCCCAGUUACUCUUUAUCCAACAACAUCGCUCCAAAUCCGGCCUGCCUACAGUCCACAAACUCCUCCUCUUAUUCCUGCAUGCUACCAGACUACAUGUCGGGUCCAGCUAGAAGUUACGACCCUCUCGCUCUUAGCAGCUACUCCCGACCGUCGUGCAAUCCUGCGGUGAGCAUGCAGGGCCAUAUGAAUCACGCCAGUCACAACGGGGCUUCCACAGGUGAGCCCUCCAGAUGGUACACCAAAGGACUUAUUUCUCCAGGUGUUUCAGUCCCAGUCCAAGUUCCAGGGGGCGCUGCUCAGGAUAUGAGCGCUCAUCACAUGGGAUCAAUGACAUCGCAAUAUUGGACAAGAAUUCAAUGACAAAAACAAUAGACUACUGUCACUGAGACACAAGUGCUGCCUCGAAGCAUACUCAGCAUAUUGUGUUUGAUGUGAGGAUAAGACCUUCUCGGUCCUUCAAAAACUGAUCAGUCAAGGAGAAAGAGCCUUUGUCUCAGGCAUAAAUAUAAUACUCAAGUGUUGCUCAUGUGGCAUGAAUGGCGAAGGACAAAGACAUUCUGGCAGCGCAAACAUACUGAUUGCCGUCGUCUGUUUGGACCACUUGAUUGAGCUUCUGAAGCAAUGUUGGUCUUGACACUGAAGAGGUCAGCAUAGGAACAUGUGGGUUACCUUUGAGGUAGGCUGCAACCAUCGCUAACACAACUGUUCUACGGGCAGUAAAAUGUUAGGCGGACUGCAUGGUAGCCAUGUGGAUACGGACUUCCGGUUCUUUGGAGAACCAAUUAUGACUGAAUCUCUAAUAUGGCCGGCAGACGCAUACUUCUUGAUCGAAUCUCGAUGGUCAAUCGAUCUAAAUCCAAGACUGCGUAUUGAGACCAACUCGAUGUAUGCAUGCAUUGUGUUUCCCACAGAAAACUUUCACAUAUUUCUGGUACAUUAACUGAUCUUCAAGACCAGUUGAUCUCAGUAGAUACAUUCUAGAAAAUUGCUGUAGAUGUCUUUGUUGUAUAUAUUACGCUUGUUCAAUGACUGGAUGGACAAGCAAUACACAUCGUAUAAAAAAAACGAAUGUGUAAAUUUAUAACAUAACAGUUCCCCAUUCAUAUCACACAGUUCCGCACUUUUGUGCAUAUAUAGUCUCAAAUCAUUGCUCAAACGUUCUCCAUUGGAACCUGCCACAGAAAUCUGGAGGCAUGCGCACUGUGGAUUACAAUCGUGUACAUGUAUGUUAAUCCACGGGUCUUUAUAUAUACAUACAUAUAUAUAUACAUCAUUAAGAUGUCUGGUUGUGUGAGUUUUGCUGUUUGAUGUUUUCAUAUACCUGUAUAAAAACGCUGUAAACGUCCAAGACGUUCUGUGUAUGUUCUAUUCCUCCUGCCUUAACCACGGCAUAACUUAUGGAAUAGCCUGUACUUGCCAUUGUCACUUCACUUCCCAACAUUCUAGUAUUACCUCAUUUACCGUAUCGAGUUGCCCGAGCCUGACGCUUGGACGCGUGCUAUGACUCCUGGCUAAAACCUACGGUUUCUUUUGUGUCAUUCACAAACGCACCGCACUACUUACUGUAUUAGUCUCUGUAAUAUCGUUUGUUUGUUCAUUUGGAAUUUGAGCAAGGUGCUUACGUUGUUCUUGAAGAAUGCAACUGGGCGUAAUCACUACUGUUUGUAGUCGACACCCCGUGAUUAAAGCCUUGCCUCUGUUAUUACUGGUUCCCAUAAAGCCUUGACUGUGGAAACCUUCCCGAUACCUGCACCGGCUGACACGAUCCCGGGGUCCUGGCCGGCCGACUGGACGGGUCGUCAGGUUCAAGUAUCAGGCUGCACAUAACCCGGGUGUAAACUUACCCGACACAUAGUCUCACACGUAUAUCUGUGUACUGGUGUGUCCCCAGUCACGCUGUCACUGAUGAUUGCCUGGUAUAGACCGCGUGGCUGUACACACACGCCUGUCUCGACCAUCGAGUCAUACCCUAUAUGCUCAAGAAAUUCACUAUUUCCCGUAAGCAUUCAUUAAAAGAAUAAUUCUCAUGAGCAACUGACGCAAAAUUUCCACUGUUAUGAAGUAAAUUGAUUCCAUGCCUCAAAAAAAGAAUCAAAAAAAAAAAAAAAAAAAACCCUGUCAUCAGCUGAUUGCGUGUGUGCUUGGUGAUACGACGGUUGGUGUGUACAAUGUUUUUGUUCGUGUUUGUUAACUGACCGUCUACGCUGUGACCUCUUAGUACCCUGUGUACGGAUUUGUAGUGCUAGGCACGAGGAGGACCACACUACUAUGUUUAGUGCUCUCUCUCUUUCGUGUAUUAUGUGUAUCCCACUCAUAAAUUAGACUGUUAAACAGUGCAAAAAAUUCAUGUACAGUCUCAUCCAACAAUUUAUUAAUUGGCCAAUAAAUAGGAAAU